GGCACUUGGCUGCAUUUGGUCCGUUUUAUUUUAUCUGUGGCGAUGGGUGGAUGUUUGUUUCUUUGUGUAGUCUUAUUGCAGUUGUCAGGGCCCCUGCAAGCUGAAAGCAGUCCUCCGAAGUGUGGCCGGGGCUCUAAACUGUGCAAGGAUGGCUCAGAGUGUGUCCUUUACAGCCAUGUGUGUGAUGGAGAGCCUGACUGCAAGGAUGGGUCGGAUGAGGAGGACUGUGAAUCAGGGUGCAGUGAAGCAGAUCAGUUCCAGUGUGCUCAUGGUAAAAAGUGUAUUGACAAGGACCAGGUGUGUGACGGUAUCCCUCAGUGUCAGGACCGCUCUGAUGAAAUGCAGUGCACGCAGCAAACUGACAACUGCGUUCACCACUGUGACAACAAGAGUCGCUGCAUCCCUGCAAACUUCCUCUGCGAUGGCGAGAGGGACUGUUUGGAUGGCACAGACGAAGCCAACUGUGAGGACCAAGAAGAAGACAGAGAUGAAAAGGAAGCAGGGACCAGUCCAACCUCUGUGCCUGCUGUCUCUGUUGGCUCAUUCACCCCCAUCAAGUGUUCCUUGGGCUCUAAACCCUGCAAGGACAACGCAGAGUGUGUCCUCUACAACCAUGUCUGUGAUGGCGAGCCAGACUGCACAGAUGGCUCAGAUGAAGAAGAGUGCUUAUCAGCGUGUGAAACGGACCAGUUCCAGUGUGCACAUGGAAAGAAGUGCAUAGAUCAGAGCCAGGUGUGCGACGGUGUGCCUCAGUGUCAGGACCGCUCGGAUGAACUGGAAUGUGCCAAGCGGAUGGAGGGCUGCGCUCACCAAUGUGACGAUAAGAGCCGCUGCAUUCCCAACAGCUUCCUCUGUGACGGGGAGAGGGACUGUUUGGAUGGCAGUGAUGAGGCAAACUGUGCUGAAGAGACCUGCAGCGCCACAGAGUUCAAGUGCACCAGUGGCCAGUGCGUGUCGGCCACAAUGCUUUGUGACGGUCACCCAGACUGCUGGGACCGCUCUGAUGAGGAGAGCUGCACCAACACACCCGUCUGCACAGCCAAACAACGGUGCCCCCAGAGCAAGGAGUGUCUGGUGCAGGAGUGGAUCUGCGACGGAGAUCAGGACUGCAAAGAUGGCACAGAUGAGAAGGAUUGUCCUGUGGCUCCACUAAACUGUGGUGAGUUCCAGCGGUCAUGUAAAUCCAAGACCAAAUGCAUCCCUACAGCCUGGUGGUGUGACGGCAUGAAGGACUGCGACGAUGGCAGUGACGAGACUGAAUGUCGGUUGGUGACGUGCCUCCCUCACCAGUUCCAGUGUGGCAGCCAGGAGUGCCUGGAUCCAGCCUUGGUGUGUAACAGCAUUACAAACUGCGCAGACGGCUCAGACGAGGGAGGCAGCUGCCACAUAAACUGCGCAGAGGCAGACAACAGCCGCUGCUCCCAAGGAUGCUACAGCACACCACAGGGAACGCGUUGUCACUGUGCAGCAGGGUUCACGCUCAUGGCGGACGGGCUGACCUGUGCUGAUAUUGACGAGUGUGAAGGCCGGAGACCAGAUGUGUGCAGUCAGCUGUGCAUUAACACUCCCGGCUCAUACCAAUGUGACUGUCACCCAGGCUAUAUCAUGGAGGCAGGUGGACACCACUGCAAGAUCAACGGUGAACCCUUCCUGUUGUCAUCAGUCCAAACAGACCUCUUCUUGUUUGGCCUGCGCAGUGGCAGCCUGGAUGUGUUGUCGUCCUCUGCAAAGAAGGCCAUUCUCUCCCUGGAUUACGACUGGAAGGAUCAGAGGGUCUUCUGGGUCAGUCUGGACACUGAGAGCAUCAGGUGGUCCUCGCUGGACCAGAAGACCACAGGAACUCUGAUUAAAGGUGUUCGGGCUGAUUCUGUUGCUGUGGACUGGCUUGGGAGGAACUUGUACUGGAUCGAUGGAGUGAACAGUCAGAUUGUUGCAAUCAGACUGACCACAGCCACCGUGAAGUCUCUGGACCACAGCGUCAUCCUGGAUGAAGACCUGGAUCAGCCUCGCUCUCUGGCACUGCUGCCACAGAAAGGGCUGAUGUUCUGGACAGAGAUUGGUAAUGUUGUGAAGAUAGAGCGUGCCGGUAUGGACGGGUCAGACAGGAAGGCAGUGGUGAACUCAAGUCUGGGCUGGCCGGGCGGUGUGGCUGUGGACAGCAUCUCUGACAGAGUCUACUGGACGGAUGAAAGGCUGAAGGCAAUUGGAUCUGCAACACUGGAUGGAGAUGAUAUUCAGAUUCUACAGAUGAAAGAGACCACCAACCCAUUUUCCCUGGCAGUGUUCAAUGACCUGAUCUACUGGUCCGACGCCAAGAAGCGAGUGGUGCUGGCUGCUCACAAAAUCUCAGGCAAAAACCAUCAAGUUCUCAUGAAAAGACCCAGACAGCCUUUUGGUGUGAAGAUCAUCCACCCAUUACUCCAGAUGGGUGUUGAGAGUCCCUGUGAGAAGAUGGACUGUUCCCACAUGUGUGUGUUGGCCCCAGGACCUAAGGCUGUGUGCAAGUGUCCCUCUGGGCUUUUACUGGCUGAGGACGGCCUGACGUGCUCCAGCCAGGUCAAUUCAGCAUUCCUGCUGAUGCUUUCUCCCUCCACCAUCACCCAGAUCUACUUGCAGUCCCGACACACAGCAGCAGAGCUGAAGGCCUGGCCUGAACACUUGGCCCUGCAGGUGCCCAGCGUCAAUGAGGCAGCCAUCAUGGACUACAGCGUACGUGACCACACCCUGUUCUUGACAGACGACGGCACAACUUCACUCAGCUCCUUCAAGCUGAGGGACUCGGACUUGUCCUCUCAGGGCCAGCUCCUAAAACUCCUAGGCAACACCAUCACUGCCAUGGCCCUGGACUGGGUGACACUGAACGUCUACUGGAGCAGUGACAAACAGCCUCGCCUGCAGGUCACUUCCAUCACUGGUGCACACACUGCUGUGCUCAUUAAAGAAGGCAUUGGCAGAGUGGAGUCCAUCGCUCUCAACCCUCCCAGUGGAAGAGUUUGCUUCACCAACGUGGGCCUGCAGGGUGCAGGCACGGUGGCUACAGUCGAGUGUGCCAACAUGGACGGUGCUGGGCGGCGUGUGGUGUGGAAGGAUGCUGUCCAGCCGUUGUCUCUGGUCUUCUCCAAUAAUGGAGAUACAAUUUACUGGGCUGACAAGAGUUUAGGGACCAUCGGCUCUGUCCAGCUUGAUGGAUCUGGGUACAAAGAGUUGAAGACUGCUGAUGGUCUGGCUGCUGUGGCUCUGAGUGAUGACACUCUGCUCUGGAUGACUGUCAGUGACAAGACCAGAAUCUGGUUCAGUGAUGAGCAGCAGCAAAACCAGUUGUGGUUCGAGGUCGGCACAGAAGUGGUCAGCUUAAAGGCAUUCAGCAAGUCCAGUCAGACUGGUUCAAACCAGUGUACAGAAAACAAUGGAAACUGCCAGCACCUAUGCCUCGCCACACCAGGAGGUCGGACAUGCAAGUGUGCCCAUGACCACAUCCUUACAAACGCCACCCACUGCAGCCUACAGCAGAGCUGCCCAGGUGACAGCAGGCCCUGUCUGGAUCAACUCUCAUGCCAACCUGCUGAGAAGUUCUGUGACAAGCAUGUUGACUGUGACGACCACUCAGAUGAGAACUGUGUCAGUCUGAAGCAGUGGUCAGCAGCCAAGGUCCGUGCUCCCCCCCAGCCCCACAGCACCUUUCCUCCUGGUCCGUCCUCUGUCCCUCCUCUCUCUGAAGACACCAGCCUGAGCAUCACCCCGAAUGUCAGCAUUCAGCUCAGGAACUUGGACGCCCAGCAGUGCAGUCAGAAACGCUGCAGUGGCAACGGCCACUGUGUGGAGACCAAUGGAGACACAGUGUGUGUGUGUUCACUGGCCUACAGCGGUGACUCCUGUCAGGACCACCUCCUGAAGACCAUGCAGGGUCCCAUCGUCUACGGCGCUGUGGGGCUCUGUGUAGGUGUGGUGGUCAUUGCUGUUAUGGCUGUAGUGGUUAAGAGGAAGAAGAGUGCCAACACAAGGAGAGCUAGCCCAGCAGCAGUGAAGGAGACGUGUAUGACUGACCUGGAGAACAAUGCCGAGAGCAACCCCAGAACACAAAGUGCCGCAGCAGACACUGACAAACCAGAGGAAGCGGUAUCUUCUGUGGACUGAGGUUGAUUUGUGGGCAAGCAAAGUUUUAAAUAAACUGUUUGCAUUUUC